CGGGGUAAAUAUCUUUACACCGCUAAAUGUUCGAAGUGACAAUGUUGAAGCUGGUUUUGUUGGCGGCCAUAACGGCUGAUGUGUUUUUAGUAGUUUCAACGACAGUUUGCAAACCUAAUGAAGAAUACAACGAUUGCAUAAAUCGUGGAUGCAACGCACAAAAUUGUUCGCAGCUGGGUCUUCCGUUACCAUGCGUCGAUGUUGAUCCCAAAGACUGCAUCCCAGGGUACAUUUGUAAAUCUGGUUACACAAGAGCUGAUAAUGGCACUUGCAUUCCCACAGAUCAAUGUCCAUCUUGUGGAGGGGAUCCUAAUGCCGUAUCGGGGUGUGGUACAUUCUGCACAAAAUGCUCCAAUUACAAGAAAGGACCUAUUGCGUGUCCUGCUAUCUGUAGGCUAAACGGGUGUGACUGUAGAAAAGGCUAUAUAUACGAUCAGAACAUCAAGAAGUGUGUUCUUCCCAAACAAUGCACACCAACGUGUAAGGACAAUGAGGUAUAUUCUGACUGUAUCAACGGGGGAUGCAGUCCUCGAAACUGUUCCCAGCUAGGCAAGCCACAGCCUUGCGUAAAGUUGAGUCCUGAUGCUUGCAUCAAAGGUUGUGUUUGCAAGUCGGGAUAUUUGAAGGCUGACAACGGCACGUGCAUUCCUUCUAAACAAUGUCCAUCGUGCGGAGGUGACCCUAACGCCGAAUCAGGAUGUGGUACAUUCUGUAAAAGAUGUUCAAACUACAAAAAUGAAACGCUUAAGUGUCCUAUUGGCUGUAUACUGAACGGCUGUCAAUGCAAAGAGGGCUUCAUCUACGAUCAGAAUAUAAAGAAGUGUGUUCGUCCCAAGCAAUGCACACCAACAUGUAAGGCCAAUGAAGAAUACUCUGACUGCGUCAAUGGUGGGUGUACCCGAAGAAACUGUUCCCAACUGGGCAAGCCAGUGCGUUGCGUGAAGCUGAAACCAGGUGCUUGCAUCAAAGGAUGUGUCUGCAAGUCAGGCUAUUUGAAAGCUAAAAACGGCACUUGCAUUCCUGUGAAACAAUGUCCAUGCAAACCCAAUGAAGAAUACUCUGAUUGCAUAAAUCGCGGGUGUUACGCGCGCAACUGCUCGCAGCUGGGUUAUCCGUUGGCAUGUGCCGACGUUGUGGUCAAAGAUGAAGACUGUAUCGAAGGUUUCAUCUGCAAACCUGGCUACACUAGAGCUGAUAAUGGCACUUGCAUUCCUACAGAUCAAUGUCCAUCGUGUGGAGGUGAUCCUAAUGCCGAAUCAGGAUGUGGUAGCUUCUGUAAAAGAUGCUCUAACUACAAAAAUGAAUCGCUGAUUUGUCCCAUUGGUUGUAUACUGAACGGCUGUCAAUGCAGAGAGGGUUACAUAUACGAUCAGAAUACAAAAAAAUGUGUUCUCCCAAAACAAUGCACGCCAACAUGUAAGAUCAAUGAAGUUUAUUCUGAAUGCACCAAUACUGGAUGUACUGCCCAAAAUUGCUCCCAACUGGGCACACCGGUGCCCUGCGUAAGACUGGACCCAAAAUACUGCAAAAAAGGCUGUGUUUGCGACGCGGGCUACUUAAGAGCUGAUAAUGGAACCUGCAUUCCCGAGAAAGAAUGUCCUGCUUGCGGAGGUGACCCAAAUGCAGAGUCUGGAUGUGGUACAUUCUGUGAAACCUGCACCAACUACAAAUCUGGUCCAGUUGCUUGUCCCGAUAUCUGUCUUUUAAACGGAUGCCAAUGCAGAAAGGGGUACAUUUACGACCCGAAUAUAAAAAAGUGCGUUCUACCCGAGCAAUGCACACCAACUUGCAAAGCUAAUGAAGUCUACUCCGACUGCAAUAAUAGUGGAUGCGAUCCUAGGAACUGCUCUCAAUUGGGAAAUCCUGUGCCCUGUGUGGAUAUAAGUCCCGACUCAUGCAUUAAGGGUUGCGUCUGUGCUUCAGGCUUUUUAAGGGCUGACAACGGCACUUGCAUUCCCGAGAAACAAUGUCCUGCUUGCGGAGGUGACCCAAAUGCAGAAUCUGGAUGUGGUACAUUCUGUGAAACCUGCACCAACUACAAAUCUGGUCCAGUUGCUUGUCCCGAUAUCUGUGUUUUAAACGGAUGCCAAUGCAAAGAGGGCUACAUUUACGACCCGAAUAUAAAAAAGUGCGUUCUACCCGAGCAAUGCACACCAACUUGCAAAGCUAAUGAAGUCUACUCCGACUGCAUUAAUAGUGGAUGCGAUCCUAGAAACUGCUCUCAAUUGGGCAACCCUGUGGCUUGCGUGGAUAUAAGUCCCGACGCCUGCAUUAAGGGUUGCGUCUGUGCUUCAGGCUAUUUGAGGGCUGACAACGGCACUUGCAUUCCCGAGAAACAAUGUCCAUCAUGUGGAGGCGAUCCUAACGCCGAAUCAGGGUGUGGCGUAUUCUGUGACAGAUGCUCAGGACCAAUACCAUGUCCGAGAAUCUGUUAUCCAAAUAGCUGCCAAUGUAAAUCCGGCUACAUCUAUGACCAGAACAUCAAGAAGUGUGUUCUACCCAAUCAAUGCACACCAACUUGUAAAGACAAUGAAGAAUACUCCGACUGCAUCAAUGGUGGAUGCGGUCCAAGGAACUGCUCUCAAUUGGGCAACCCUGUAGCUUGCGUGGAUAUAAGUCCCGACGCCUGCAUUAAGGGUUGCGUCUGUGCUUCAGGAUUUUUAAGGGCUGACAACGGCACUUGCAUUCCCGAAAAACAAUGUCCAUCAUGUGGAGAUGAUCCUAACGCCGAAUCUGGGUGCGGCGUUUUCUGUGACAGAUGCUCAGGGCCAAUAAAAUGUCCGAGAAUUUGUUAUCCAAAUGGCUGCCAAUGCAAAUCCGGCUACAUAUAUGACCAGAACAUCAAAAAGUGUGUUCUACCCAAUCAAUGCACACCAACUUGUAAAGACAAUGAAGAAUACUCCGACUGCAUCAAUGGUGGAUGUGACGCAAGAAACUGUUCUCAACUGGGCAAUCCAAUACCUUGCGUAAAGUUGAAUCCCGACGAUUGUAUUAAAGGAUGUGUUUGCUCUUCGGGCUAUUUGAGGGCUGACAACGGCACUUGCAUUCCCGAGAAACAAUGUCCAUCAUGUGGAGACGAUCCUAACGCUGAAUCAGGGUGCGGCGUUUUCUGUGACAGAUGCUCAGGACCAAUAAAAUGUCCGAGAAUAUGUCAUCCAAAUAGCUGCCAAUGUAAAUCCGGCUACAUCUAUGAUCAGAACAUCAAGAAGUGUGUUCUACCCAAUCAAUGCACACCAACUUGUAAAGAUAAUGAAGAAUACUCCGACUGCAUCAAUGGUGGAUGUGACGCAAGAAACUGUUCUCAACUGGGCAAUCCAAUACCUUGCGUAAAGUUGAAUCCCGACGAUUGUAUUAAAGGAUGUGUUUGCUCUUCGGGCUAUUUGAGAGCUGACAAUGGCACUUGCAUUCCUGUGAAAGAAUGUCCAUCUUGUGGAGGCGACCCUAAUGCGGAAUCUGGAUGCGGUGUUUUCUGUAACAGAUGCUCUGGACCCAUACCAUGCCCCAAAAUCUGUGAAGUGAACGGAUGUCAAUGUAAACCCAACUAUAUUUAUGAUGAUAACACCAAGAAGUGCGUACUGCCUGAACAAUGCACUCCCACGUGCAAAGACCAUGAAGUGUACUCAAAUUGUGUCAACGGUGGUUGUCUUAGACGGAAUUGCUCGCAAGUGGGCAAACCAAUUCUAUGCGUUCUAGUGACAAAAGGCGGGUGUAUUAAGGGAUGCAUUUGUGAAUCUGGAUACCUGCGAGAUGAUAAGGGGAAUUGUAUACCGGAGGAUCAGUGCCAACGCUGCCAAGAAGGCGAAGUGUACUCUAAAUGUGCCAAUGGAGUUUGUCCGCCCCAAAGCUGCAGCCUGUAUGGAAAACCUCUUCCACUGUGUUCGCCCAUAAACCCUGCAUCUUGUAAGCCUGGUUGCAUAUGUGCAAAUGGCUAUCUUAGGAAUAAGGAUGGUGUUUGCAUCCCGAAGGAAAAAUGUCCAGAACGCUGCCAAAAAGGCGAAGUGUACUCUGAAUGUGCCAACGGAAUUUGUCCACCCCAGACCUGCAGCUGGUAUGGAAAGCCUGUUCCACCGUGUGCGCCUAUGAACCCUGAUUCUUGUAAGCCCGGUUGUAUAUGUGCAAAAGGCAAUCUUAGGAAUACGGAUGGUGUUUGCAUUCCGGAGGAGAAAUGUCCAGAAGCAUCCUGUAAGAACAAAGUCAAUGAAGUUUAUUCCGACUGCGUAAAUGGUGGGUGCGAUGCUAGAAACUGCUCUCAAUUGGGUAACCCCGUCCCUUGCGUCAAGAUAAGUCCCGAAGAUUGCAAAAAGGGCUGCAUCUGCGAUGUAGGGUUCUUAAGGGCUGCCAAUGGCACAUGCAUUCCACAGAAACAAUGUCCUUCUUGUGGAGGAGAUCCUAAUGCCGAAGCAGGGUGUGGCGUCUUUUGUGACCUAUGCUCCGGACCAAUACCAUGUCCUAAAAUCUGUAAAGUAAAUGGAUGUCAAUGCAAACCUGGUUACAAAUACGACCAGAACAUCCAGAAGUGUGUGCUACCAAAGCAAUGCACCCCAACCUGUAAGUGCCACGAAGUGUACUCCGAUUGUAUCAACGGUGGUUGUGCUAGAAGGAACUGCUCUCAGCUGGACAAGCCUGUUGCCUGCGUAUCGAUAAUAGAAGGCGGCUGUAUCAAGGGAUGCGUUUGCGAAACUGGUUACCUGAGAGCUGAUAAUGGAACAUGCAUACCAGAGAGUCAAUGUCCGCGAUGCAAGUCCGGCGAAGAGUAUUCCACGUGUGCUAACGGGAUAUGUCGACUCCAAUACUGCAGCCAGUAUGGAGCGCCGAUUCCAUUCUGUCCAGCAAUCAAUACUAGCAAAUGCAAACCCGGAUGUAUAUGCAAGAAGAAGUUCUUGAAGAAUAAAGACGGCGUUUGCAUCCCACAGGAGGAGUGUCCAGAAGCGCAAUGUCCACCCGGAGAAAUAUACUCUCAAUGCUCAAACGCCCCAUGCAUGAAACAGUAUUGCAUCCAGUACGGUAUAAACUUCCUCUCUUGCCUGGCAUUAGAGCCUAAGAAAAAAUGUAAACCAGGGUGCAUCUGCAAGGAUGGUUAUUUGAGGACACAAGAAGGAAUGUGCAUUCCAGAAGAUACGUGCCCAGAAGCGCAGCCACCAUGUCUAGACAAAAAGUAAGAAGAUAUAAAAACUGCACCGAUUUUCAAGAUAUCAAGUCAAGAAUGAAGGAAUAACAUUAUAUCAAAUUAUAUUUUAAA